AUGGAAGCUCAUAAGCUCUCCCUUAGUAUCGUCGGAAAUAAUGAUGUUAUCCGCAUCAACCCAUCACCAUCGUCAUGGAAAAAGAUUGAGGAGUUUUCUCCCCGUAUUGUGCGAGAUGGGGUUGCUAUCAAUGGAUUUGUUUAUUGGCUGAUUAGUGAACAAGAUAGGAACCGGUUUCCAAUGAUAGACAUCAGAGAUCAAAAUGAACUCAUAGUUUGUUUGGACAUUGAGAGAGAAAAAUUUGGAAUCAUAAAUUCACCCUCUUCCUUGUCGUUUUGGGUAUCACACCCAAACACUCGUAUUGAGUUCAUCAAAACCCUUUACCUCACAGAUGAGGAUGCUAUGAGGAGAACUGGAAUUUUUGAAACAUGGGCUUGGAAGUUGAAGGAGAAGUCUUGUACCUUUUCAUGGGGUUGGAUGAAAGAGCACGCCAUCAAAUUAGAUUUUCCAGUCAUUACGGACUUCUCUCCCACAAUUGUUAGCCCCAAAUCUUCUAGGGAAGAAGAAUUACUAAUAAGGUUAAAUGGAGAUGAUAGGACUUACUAUCUCUACAAUCCUGAUGAAAAUAGAUUUAGGAUUGUAGACAAGCCCCCUCGCACUGAUUCUCGGGGUUCUUAUGCUGUAUCAUUGAGUUUUUACUGGGAGAGUGGGUUGUCUUUCGAAACAUGCACCUAG